AUGGAUCCCUUCGAGGUGCGCAUUCGCUUCACGCAGCAUCUGCAGCAUCUGAACGCAAGUGUCACUUCCGCAAACAAGGCUGCCCAGUAUGCGCUCAAGUAUCGGGAUAUGGACGAGGAUUUGCACAACUGCAUCCUGGAGCAGUUGGAACGCAAUUCGAUGAACAACAGAGCAAAUAUCAUGUACUUUAUCGAGCAUCUCUGCGAUAUGGCGGCCCGCGAAAACCACCAAGACUACGUGCGCAUGAUGCAGCGAGAUAUCCUCCGAGUUGUUGAUGCUGUUGCGCCUGAAGACGGUUCCGGUGCUGCUAAUGUCAAGGUCGUUCGCAAGGUUCUCCAAGGCCUCCAGCAGAAAACCUUCUUGCUUGCGCAGACGGUGGCCGAGAUUGAGGAAUGUCUCAAGGAGCGUGAUACUUUGCCUGAUGCCAUUGGGUUAAGUUCGCCGCUGCAGCAGGAUGUCGAGAUGGGAGGAACGAAGGAUGGGAAGGGGGACAGGAAGACGAAUGGAUUCCAGAGGUUGGAUAAGAAGCAGAUUGAACAAAGGAUUGAGGAAGAUAGGGAACGUCAUAAGAGAUUAAGGGAAAAUAUUUGGGCAGUGCAGCACGGGACGGGUGGUGAUGAUGCCGAGUUUGAGAAGUUGUGGGAGGAGACGAGCGAUCUGGGCGAGGAUGAUUUUACACUGUAUGAGGAAGAGGCACAGGAGAGGAAGGAGUGUGCACAAGAGUGGAGGGAGGAGUAUGCUGCGAAGCAUAAGGAAUAA